CCGAUGGUUCAUGUCCACCCACGUGGCUGCAUCCCAUACGUCACUGUUGCGCAGCAGGCGAUUGGCCCACUCUCUCUCCACUCUCCUUUGUCCCUUUCGCUGGCUCCUUUGCCUUCCUUGGAGCUGUAGCAGAGGACGCCGAGCUCGACUCCUUUAGGGUUCAUUUUGAUCUUUGAUCUGUUUUCCACUACGAUUGUUGAUUCCGUUCACUUUCGAUCUAUGUGGAGAAAAUCUUCGAUCCUUUUGGUGCUACCGCUCAAUUUCUUACAGUAGAAUCCCUUAAAGAUGGUUCUUUUCGGCGAUUUUUCUUGUCGAUUUGCUGCUUGUUCAUCGAAGGAGAGACUUUUCGCAGUGUGAUCCUUGCUUUCCUGGGUCUAUCUUGCUGCCUCGGCUUCCCAUGGAUGGUUCCCACCCCUCGUCCUGUCCGGAUCCGGCCGCGCCUUCCGCGCUGAAGGUCCCGGACAAGGGGAAGAGGGACGAGUGGAGCGAGGGCAGCGUCCUGUGUUUGCUGGAGGUUUACGAGUCGAAGUGGGUGCUCCGGAAUCGAGCGAAGCUGAAGGGGAGUGAUUGGGAGGAGAUCGCCCGCUUGGUGUCGGUGCAGUGCUCGGGGACUAAAGCGCUCAAGACCCCGACUCAGUGCAAGAACAAGAUCGAGGCGCUGAAGAAGCGUUACCGCGCCGAGUCCGCCCUCGCCCAUGACCCCGCCUCCGGCUGCUCUUGGCAGUUCUACUCUCGCAUGUAUGAUCUGCUAAGGGGCUCCGUAAACUGCUCAGUCAAUCCCAAGUCCAACCAUGGCAUCGAUCUCCAGUCCCUGCCCAAGGCAGAAGCGGACGGCGAAGUCGACGGCCACUUGCACGACAGCAAUCACGACGAUGGCUCUAAUACGAUGCAGAUCGACGUCAAUGCUGACAAGAAGAUGGAUAACAGGGCCACUGCCGAUGACGCCGGUGGCAGUGACCCCGGCAGUUCCUCUAAGAAGAGAAAAAUCACAGUUAGUGAGGUAGCAGAGAGCAUCAGGUUGUUGGCUCAGUCCAUGCUGCAGAUUGAACAAGCGAGGAUGGAGAUGUACAGGGAUUCUGAGAGGAUGAGAGCUGAGGCAGAGAUCAAAAGAGGUGAGAUGGAGCUCAAAAAGACUGAGAUCAUAGCAAACACACAGCUGCAGAUUGCUAAGCUCUUCACCAGGAGAAUGCACAAGCAAAGCAAGGAGGGAUGAACAGGAACCUGAGAUUAGGAUGCAGUUGCCCUGCCAUGGCCAUCAACUGAGAAAUUAAGUUUGAAGAAAUCGAUACUUGGGAUUACAUGACAUUCUCAGUUUUCACAUAAGAUGUAUCUCCUAGAUUCCAUUUCAUGAGGGUGUUUUAGAUUGGUCGAGAAGAUUAAACUGCAAUUAACUUCAGCAAUUUGAUGCCCUACCAAAUCUGCAUCUUGCUUGGUGUGGGAAGCUUCUUGUUCAACUCUCUUCAGGUAGCCAAGAAAGCAAAAUUGUGUUAACUUCUUGAUUUUUUUUUUUGUUUUCUAUGUAAUAAGCUUCGACUAGCUGAUUUCCAUUAAUGGUAAAGUUCCAUUUUGUUUCCUCUU